CUUUCCUCUUUGACCCCUCAACCGUCCCACCAUUUUCUCUCUUUACAACCCAAUCCCAUUUCUCUCCCAAGAACCCCAUCUUUCUCACUCUAGAACCCACUCUCUCUCUCUAAAAAAUGCGUGAAAUCUUGCAUGUUCAGGGUGGGCAAUGUGGGAACCAGAUCGGAGCCAAGUUCUGGGAGGUGGUCUGCGCUGAGCACGACAUCGACUCCACCGGGCGCUACCAAGGCGACACGGAGCUACAACUGGAGCGAGUCAAUGUGUACUACAACGAGGCGAGUUGUGGGAGGCUCGUGCCCAGGGCAGUGCUCAUGGAUCUGGAGCCGGGCACCAUGGACAGCGUCAGAUCGGGACCGUACGGCCAGAUUUUUCGACCUGAUAAUUUUGUUUUUGGGCAGUCGGGUGCGGGCAACAACUGGGCCAAAGGUCACUACACUAAGAGGGCGGAGCUGAUUGACUCGGUUCUAGAUGUGGUGAGGAAGGAGGCUGAGAAUUGUGAUUGCUUGCAAGGAUUUCAGGUCUGCCACUCUUUGGGAGGUGGAACUGGGUCAGGCAUGGGAACACUCCUCAUUUCCAAGAUCAGAGAAGAAUACCCGGAUCGAAUGAUGCUCACAUUCUCUGUAUUCCCCUCUCCUAAGGUCUCUGACACUGUUGUUGAGCCUUAUUAAAAUACAUCACUACCUCAUUAAAAAUCAACUCAACUUCAAUCCA